GGCAGUUGUAGGAAUGAACUUGAAACAGUAUCCUUGAAUUUGGGGUUUAGGGUUUUAGAAUUGGGCCGGACAUCUCUCGCGCAAUCAAUUCGGGAACUUGAUCGGAAGGCUUCCCUCGUGAACUUCAGCUCAAUUCCCAAAUUUCAAAAUCGGAUUUUGGAAUAGGGUUUCUCAGACAUUGCUGUUUCGGAUUGUUGGGGUCGAUGAAAAUGGAGAGCAGUGGAAGCUUGGAGCAGAUACUGCAGGACGCCAAGCUCCAUAGGCAGGUCAACUCCCUUAUCGUCGCUCAUCUCCGGGAGAAUAAUUUCACUCAGGCGGCAAGUGUAGUUGCUUCGGCGACAAUGACGCCGUUGAAUGUCGAGGACCCUGCAAAUAGGCUCCUUGAGCUGGUCGCCAAGGGUCUUGCAGCUGAAAAGGACGAAACUUUGAGAGGCUUCUCUGGGGCCUUCGAUCUGGGAGGGCCCAUUCCAGGUUCUCGCGGUGCUGGAGCUGAUUUCAGUUCCAUUCAAGACAGGAAAGGCUUGUCGAAGAGUUUCCCCAAGCAUGAAACCCAGCAUCUUUCAGAGCACAAGAAUGUUGCUAGAUGUGCAAGGUUCAGCUCAGAUGGACGGUUUUUUGCAACUGGAAGUUCAGAUACCUCUAUCAAGCUCUUUGAGGUGUCAAAAAUAAAGCAAAUGAUGUUGCCUGAUUCACGGGAUGGUCCCACACGAACUGUUAUACGGACAUUUUAUGAUCAUACUCAACCAAUAAAUGACUUGGAUUUCCACCCUCAGAACAAUGUUCUCAUAUCAGGGGCAAAGGAUUGUACAAUAAAGUUCUUUGAUUUGUCCAAAGCUACAGCUAAGAAAGCUUUUAAGGUCAUCCAGGAUACUCACAACGUACGCUCUGUAUCAUUUCAUCCUUCCGGGGAUUUUGUUUUAGCCGGAACUGAUCAUCCAAUUCCACAUUUGUACGACGUCAAUACCUUCCAGUGUUAUCUAUCUGCAAACAUCCCGGAGUUUGGGGUUAAUUCAGCUAUUAAUCAGGUGAGAUAUUCAUCUACUGGUGGAAUGUAUGUUACAGCAUCCAAGGACGGUGCUAUUCGGUUAUGGGAUGGGGUAUCGGCUAAUUGUGUACGUACAAUAACUGCAGCACACGAGGCAGCGGAAGUGACCAGUGCCGCCUUCACCAAGGAUCAUAGGUUUAUCUUGUCUUGUGGGAAGGAUUCCACUGUGAAGCUCUGGGAAGUUGGUUCCGGAAGAUUAGCCAGACAAUAUGUUGGGGCUACGCACACGCAACUGCGGUGCCAAGCUAUCUUCAAUGACACGGAAGAAUUUGUAUUAUCAAUUAAUGAACCGAACAAUGAGAUUGUGAUUUGGGAUGCUCUGACGGCUGAAAGAGUGGCAAGAUGGCCGUCCAAUCACAACGGGCCGCCUAGGUGGAUUGAGCACUCACCGAUAGAAGCAGCCUUUGUUUCCUGUGGGACCGAUCGGUCAGUCCGAUUUUGGAAAGAAACUGUUUGAGGGCGAGGCUUAUCAGGUUCCUUAAUAUAUACCUGUUCCUUAACUGGGAUGCUUCUAGGGAUGAUCUUCAAUCAAGUUCAGCUCGUUAUUGGCAUUGAAGAAGCAACAUCUACCAAGGAGUCAAUAGUCAAGUUUGAGGAUAUGAUCAAUUCGGCUUUUCUUUCUUCUUGUAGUAAUGCCUGAGAUUGUAGUUUUCGAUGUUUUCCGUGAACAUGCUAAGAUUGUUCUUAUUCCUUUGCAGUCAUAAUAAACUAAACGAUGAUCUUCUCUCUA